UGGGACGAUUUUGCGAUCAAUGCGCCAAAAACCCAGUAGGAAGAGUACUGCAGCCAUAAACAAACCCUGCAACAGUUCACCCUUCUUACAUUGAAGCACAAAAAGCACCCAUAAGAAAAUCUUUCUCUAUGCUGUGUUUGGUAGGUCCUUCAUUAACGACACGUUAAACGGCUCUUUGUUUAUUCUUUCACCCCGCAAAACCUUGGACACAGCCAAGCAUGGGGAACGCUUCUUUUCCCAUUCUGGCUAUGGAUUCUCCAAAACAUUCUGAAACUUCUUCUUCAUCCUCCAAUACCACCCAUUUUCAGUUACCUUGGGAUUCACAGGCAUUCCGCCAUCUCUCUUCUUCAGUCUCUGGCUUCAUCGACGGUCUUCUGCCUAAAACAGGUCCUGCACAAAAGUGGUUAACAGAGUUAGGGAGCAGGAUUGAAGCGAAGAGGUGUUUUGGGAGAGUUUCAAUGAAUUGGCCGAGGCCUGGGCUCCUCUUUGCUGCCAUCUCUCAGGAAAUGAGGCAACCAAAGCAUGUCUUUGACAUUGCUUUGAGCCCAGAAUAUGUUGCCAAGACUCUCUCUGGGACAUCAGUAUACACUGUCAGUAAUUCCAACAAUGAGUUUGUAUUGAUUUCAGAUCCCAGUAGUCAGAAGUCACUUGGGUUACUCUGUUUUAGACAGGAGGAUGCAGAGGCCCUUCUAGCACAGGCAGGUUCACCCUCCACCAAGUAUCGUGGAACUUGUGUUAAGCUACGCCAACCAGUUUUAGGGAGAGGUGCAAGGGUUGUGCCUAUAGCCCUUGAACAGGUGUAUAUGCUGAAAGUUGAAGGGAUUGCAUUCCGUUUUCUACCAGAUCCGGUUCAAGUGAGAAAUGCCAUGGAGCUAAAGAAUUCAGAUCUUUCAAAGGCCUUUGAUGGUGUUCCAGUAUUUCAGUCUGAUCUUUUGGUUGUUAAGAAGAGGAAUAGGCGCUAUUGCCCCCUAUACUUCCAAAAGGAAGAUAUCGAGCGAGAACUUUUGAAGGUCUCGAGGGCAUCAAGAGGACCAGCCUCAUCUCAGCGCAUUGUGGUCGGAAGCUUAGAAGAUAUUCUCAAGAAAAUGGAGUUGAACAAGAGAAACUCUGGAUGGGAAGAUCUGAUCUUUAUUGCACCUGGAAAAAGCUAUUCCCAGUAUUUUCAGGAAGUCACUGUAUGAGCCAGAUGAUGCUUUGAAUUUGGGAUUCUCACCUUUGAAUCAAUGCAUAGGAGAGCUCGCACAAAUAGAAAAAUGGCACAGGUUUCUCUCGUUUCCAUCCUAGUGUUUUGGUGAUCGCAGAUAAAACAAAAAAAUGGAGGGAGACCGCGAUGAGUAAGAGACUCAUUUUUUUCCAGAUAAAACAAGUACUGUGAGAAUUUCUUGCAAGAGAGGUAACACAUAAUUCAACCAAGAAGGUUAGAUGUCUGGAAUCCUCUUAAAUGUAAGGUCAAAUGUACAACUGUGUACCGUUGAAUAGCAUUGAAGUAUAAUAUGAAUUACUUUGAAAUUCCUCAUGAAG